AUGGCAAGGGAGGAGGAGGGGAACACUACUACGAGGACGAGGAUCGCGUACUCGAGGGAGUUCCUGAUCUCCCUGGGGACCUCGUCGGCGGCCUGCAGGAGGCGCCCCGUCGGCUUUGACGCCUCCAAGUUGAGUGAGCUUGGCCUGGUCGACACUGGCAGCAGCGUGCGCUAUGUUGGGCCGUUUGGCAGGUGGGGGGGCGCAUGCUCGUCUGGUUCAGGCAACACCGAAAGCAAGCCGAAUCAACUGGAUAGGCAUCCUGAGAACCAAUCUAGGGACAACUGGAGGAGCAAGGAGCAUGACGGGCUGCUGGGGAGCGGCGCUUUCCCCAGGAUCCCAUCUUAUGCUGGGCCUUUGGCAUCGAAUGAUCAGGGGAGUCGAUAUCAGCUAACUAGGAAUGCUGGUGGUUACCAGCCAACUCGUCAAUACAAGGCUCCACCUGUUUCGCACCAACAUCUUGAUUUGACUAACACCGUAACUUUUGGCUCUUUUGAAAACUGGAACAAGGACAUAGUGGAAGAAGAAAGGAAAAAGAGAGCAUCAUCUGAACUGACAAGGAAAGAGCAUCAUCAAGCCCUGCAAGAAAAGAAGAAAGCUCCUGACCGUGACAAAGAAAAUCUUGGUGACGGUUCAUUAUUACAGAAUUCUGCUGGAAAAAGAGAUCCUCCAACUAAAGGUGAUAAGCUGAAUAUCUCCUCUCUUUCCAAAGAAGAUGCCAUCGAAUCAGCUCCGCUUCUGCCAACUCCUACAAUCAGUCCACUUGAACCACUUGGUUUCACAAAUGAGUUACCUCAGAAAAGGCUUGAGUCACAAUCCUUUAACACCUCACGCAACUCAGAGGACACGCGGAAACUUUAUAUCCAAAUCAGAUGGUUCCUUUCAGCCACAGUAAAUGUGGUCCUUUAGAUAUGAAACUGGGGACAGUGCUGGAGUG